AUGGCCAAUGGAAUAAAGAAAUUACCUUCCCGUGUAUCAUCACGUCAGAUACCUCACAUACGUCUUUAUGAUGAUGGAAAUCUGGAGACACGAUACGAACUUUUAGAUAAAUUAGGUGAAGGUUCAUUUGGAACUGUAUGUCGUGUUAAAAAUAAAGAAAACGAUUUAUUUUUUGCAAUGAAAACAAUUACAAAAAAACCUGGCAAUAAAUUGAAAGCUUCAAGUCUUGAUAAUGAAGUAAAACUAUUAACAGAAGUUAAUCAUACUAAUCUUAUUCAACUUUAUGAAGUAUUAGAAUCAUCUCAAAAAUUGUAUUUGAUUGUUGAAUUAUGUGAAGGUGGUGAAUUAGGUGGAUUUGUUAAAAAGAAUGGUCCAUUACCGGAAGAAACAGUCAAACAAAUAAUGUCAAACUUAAUAAGUGCAUUACAUUAUCUUCAUAAAAUGAAUAUUGUGCAUCGUGAUCUUAAGUUAGAAAAUAUUUUAUUGAAAAAUUCUCCGAAAAAUAAAACCGAUCAAUUCGAUAUACGAGUUACUGAUUUCGGAUUAAGUUCAAAAAAAAGUAUUACUUGUACUGAUUCACUUUUCAAUGAAUAUUGCGGUACACCGCUUUAUAUGGCACCUGAAAUAUUAGAAAACAAAAACUACAGUGCACUUUGUGAUGUAUGGGCUAUGGGAGUGAUUAUGUAUUAUUUAAUUUGUGGCCGCCAUCCUUAUGUUGCUAAUGAUGAACGACGGUUACUUGAAAUCAUUCGUUCACAAAAACUUCGAUUUGAUUCGGACAAAUUUCGAAAUAUUUCAUCGGAAGGUCUAGAUUUUUUGCAAGGAAUGAUUGUUUACGAUACAGUUCAUCGUCGAACAAUGGGUGAACUUACUGUACAUCCUUGGCUAACGGGUCGAUCCGAUAAAGAACCGGCUAAAGAUAUAAUAACAAUGAUGAAAGAAUUUCAAGCGGAAAAUGAUCAACGACAAAUAUCCAUUGAUAAUAAUUUAGCAGCAUUAAUAAAUGCAACUGCAGAUCAUAUGAAUGAAUCACAAAUAUCAAAUGAUCAAUCAAAAUUGGUAUCUUCAUCGAUUGCCCACAAACUAGAACCAUUUAAUAGUGACUCGAAUCAAUGUAAAUCUAAUCUAAAUCCACCGGAUCUGCGUUCUGUUGUUGAUAAAAAUAAAUUAAGUAGCAGAACAACACAUCGAUCUUCAACCGAUGGUCUUAAGACAUUUCGAAGUAACACACAUGAUAUGAAUGGAAAUUCAUCGAAACUUCAUAUAAGAAGUAAAAAAAUUGAUAUGACAACAGAUUUAAUUGAUUCAAAUCAAAGUCGUCAAACAUUCAAUUCUUCUUCAUUUUUGUCCUCGUCGACAACUUUAUCAAAAAUACGACCAAGCAACGUUCGACUUGGUCGUUCUCAAUCUCAAGCUGAGAUUAUCUUAUCUUCGAAAUAUUCAUCACCGCGCCAACAACAGUAUCGCCGUACUGUAUUGAAUGAUUCAAUUAAUAUUGGUGUUACACCUUCUUCAGAUGUUUUAAAUCUACCAUCAAAUAGCAGUACCAUAGCAAAUCUUCCUAACAGUUCACCUUCUUCGACGGCUACUGCUCUUAUGAUGAUUAAUAAACAUUAUUCAAAUAGUCCAUCAUCAUCAUCGUUACCAACUAUGUCUCGUGAUCACCAUGACAAUACAAAAAAGAUAUCUUCGUAUGAUAAACGGCAUAGUAAUGAUUUAUGA